AAUAGUCUAGCCGGAAGUUCGUAAGAUCGGUGGCAACCCCAAACAGAAGUCAGAGUUCAGUUUGAAUAAAAUGAAAGAUCGAUAAUUUUAUUGUCUGUAAGAGCUUAAAAAAUGGCAACAAACUCCACGAUGACUGAAAUGUCUACUUCUGAGAGCGAGGACACGCUCGUCGGGCUAGACGACUCUGAGAUGGCCCUGGGAGGAAUUUCAAUGUUAUUGAAUAACGGGUUUGAAGAAGCGAGACUUUUAUUCGAAAAAUACAAGAAUGACAGUUUCUUGAUGAAUGCAGGUCACAGUUUUGUGUUCUUUAUGCAAGCAUUGAUGUCCUUUGAAGAUGAAAAAUUAGAGGAAGCCAUGAAAGUUUUGCAAGAGACAGAAAAAUUGAGUGACACAGAUGCUGGAGUGUUAAAGUCUAUAAAGAAUAGAUUUAAAUCCAAGAAAAAAAGAGAGGGGGGACAAAUCAGCAUUGAUGAAAAGAUUCAAAGACAGGUGAUAGUGGCUGAUUCAUUACUAUAUCAGGCGAUACUAGUGUUCACCAAUCAAGACAUUCCUAGCUACAUCAAGGGUGGUUGGUAUCUCCGCAAAGCUUGGAAAAUCUAUGAAAAAUUGUAUAAAGAUGUCAUGCAGCUUCAAAUGAAAAAUGCCAAGUUACGGCAGUCAGAAAAUGGACCAGUGGACGGCAAUGACAACGAAAUGCCACAAGAGCUUCUUGACCGGCUUCAGGGAGCAGUUAGUUUUGGAUAUGGAACAUUUCAGAUUUGUAUAUCCAUGGUUCCCCCUAAGAUUCUGAAGCUGAUAGAGCUGUUUGGGUUCGAGGGCGAUCGGGAUGCAGGGUUGGCAGCAUUAGAUUACUCUAGUCACAGUAAGGACAUGAAAGCCCCUCUUGCCACAUUAGGACUGUUGUGGUACCAUACAAUAUUGAGACCUUUCUUUGCAUUGGAUGGAGCCAAUGAUUAUAGUGCUGGUACUACUGAUGCAGAGAGGAUAAUUGAGGAGAAGGAGGCGGAGUUCCAACAGUCACCUUUAUUCCUGUUCUUCCGAGGAAGGAUCCACAGACUAAGAAAACAAACUGACAAAUCUUUGGAGUUCUACCAGAAAGCAUUAGAGGCAGCAAAGGGGCAGCGAGAAGUGGAACUCAUGUGCCAAUAUGAACUCGGCUGGGUCAAUCUGAUGAAGCUACAAUGGAGAGAAAGUUUACAGGCUUUCACCAGGUUGAAAGAAGAAACCAAAUGGUCCAAGUGUUACUAUACCUAUCUUAUGGGAGUGUCCCUUGGAGCCCUGGGAGACGUGAAAGGGGGCUAUGAGAUUUUGAAGGAAGUGCCCGGACUGCUGAAGAAGAAAAAUAAUCAAAUCGAGGCUUAUGUGUCUAGAAGGGCAGAGAAGAUGAAGAAGGCUGCCCCCAGUCAGGAAUACUGUCGCCUGCUGUGUUUGGAGCUUAUCUUUCUGUGGCAUGCCCUACCCACCUGUACUGCUGAGGAGCUGCAGCCUUACCUUACAGUUUGUGACAUGCAGACAGAUCCCAAAGUCUUUCAUAUCAAAUGCCUGAUAGAGGGAGCAGUGUAUAAAGAGCUUGGAGAACUAGAGAUGGCAGUACAGUUUCUAGAGGAAGCUAUUGCACGGCAACAAGGAAUGAAAGAGGACCACCAUGUCUCAGCUUUUGCCAGCUUUGAGCUUGCUUCCAUUUACAUGAGAAAACCAGAGACUGCUGGAAAAGCAAAGCAACUGCUUCAACAGAUAAAAGACAAUUACAAGGACUAUGAUUUUGAGAACAGACUGACAGUGAGAGUAAACAAUGCCCUGAAAGCAUUAAAACUCAGUGCCAAAGUUGGAUGAGUUGGUGAAGUGAGGCAGCCAGCUUUUAGAAUUCUCCUGGCACCUCAUCCCCCUUCCACUCCCAUUAGCCACAUUUACACAGAUCAGGAAAUCCAAAGGGAACACCUAAUGAAUAAAGGGCAUUCAUCAUACCCAGGUGUCUGCAUUUUCUGCACCCUCAGAUUCAGGAAAGCCAAAUACCUUAACCUCAUAUCAAAUGAAUACCCUAAAACCUUGAAAAUAAGCAGUGGCUUAUUUUAAGUUUUGGUAAGAAAAUAGAGGCUUAUUUUCAAAACCGUCUUAUUUUCAAAUUAUGGCUUAUUUUCCAAUCAAAAAACCUGUAAGCGAUGCAGGCAUAAUCACAGCUUAUUAUGGAAACAAUAUAUUAUAAUCGAUCAAUUGUAAACUACCGGUGCUUGGUUUUUUUCUUCUAGUGCUCAUGUGGUAUUUAAUUUUUUUCCCCCAUGUUUUAGAAUAUUUAUCCACCCAGACCAUUGUACCUUGUAUCAAGCAAGUUCUCUUCAGUUAAUUCACCAUUACGUAACCAGCCACCUAUUGACUUCUCAAUUGUCCAGUAUUUGUUUAACAGUGUCCGGUAAAGCAUGCACCUAUCUCCUGUCGGACUUCAGUUUGUUUGAUUGCAGGAAGAUAAGCAAUAAUUAUGAUUUGAUUUAAGGUGGAAUAACACAUCAUCACAAAAUGGCUGAGCGCUGAUCGAAACGACAUUUCCUUUUAAUAAAAGGAUUUUAUGGACUGAAACAUGUAACUUACUCCAUAGCGGAGUGGAUAAAGUGUCGGACUUGUGAUCCGUACAUCCCGAGUUUGAAUCCCGCAGGGGCUUUUGUUGUUGCUUACUGGAAUAAUUAUUUUAGAUAUUCAUUUUUUAUCUUCAAACUGCAAAUUUUUUGUUUAUUUGACAUUUGUACAGAUUAUUUGUCAUUAUAUCUUUCAUUAUGAAAAAAAUUCCUGUUAAUUUGAGUGACUUUUUCCAGGUGUGUUAUUCCACCUUAAGACUUAUUUACUUAAUGUCCCGUUCUGCAGUAAUUGAUUUGCAUACUGAUUGACACUGUUAAAAAUAGACCGAUCAUUUGUAGAACUUGAUAAUGAUGAUACAAUUACAGACAUUUCUUCACAAUGUGUAUUUAAUAACAAUCAAAUAAAUUUAUUUGGCCUAAUUAUAAAUUAUUUUGGUUUAGGUUCACAAAGUUUAACGUUAUUACUUCAACGUGAUUUUAUUACUGUACAUUAUCAACACAUGCACAUCGAUUGACUUUGAAGCCUCGAUAAGAAAUUCUUGUUUUGGCUGAAUAUUAUGCUUUUUUAUGACUAGCUUUUUUUCAAAACCGACUUAUGAUUAAAUCCGGCUAAUUUUCAAGGUUUGAGGGUAUGUCUUAUGAUUGAUAAUAAUUUGUGUUAGGAAUUUGUUGAUCAACAGUAAUGUGAUUGUGUAUUUUUUCAUCAGUGUUUUUAUCGAUGAUACAUAAAUUGAUAAAAAAAAAAAAAUUAAAACUCCAUGACAGUGCUACUUGUAUGUAAAAAAAAAGAAAAACCCUACUUUUCAUGUAUCGUGGUGUUCUCUUUUAUGAGUUUGAAAUCAUGCAUGGUCAUUCUUUUUGUGUACCCCCUUUUUGAUCACAGAUACAAUAUGUUGUUGAGAGUUUGUAGAGUAGAUCAUGAGUUGUGCCAAACAGAGCUCAUAUUUAGAUAAUUUAUGAUCAUUAUUAGAUAGUUUUGUAUUGCAUAAUAUAAAGAAGUUGUGUGGUAACUAAUUAUUUAUUUUUGUAGAAUUUAUGAACUAACAGAUUCAUAUUUUAUAAAAUUAAAUAUUCUAAAAUAUAAUUUUAUUGCUUUGUUACCACAAGGUCUACUAAAAUUUUGAACAUAGGAACCAGGCCAUUAUUCCCCAGUAAAAAAAAAAUCAGAGACAAAAGAAUUUAAGAAUUAUGUAUGCAUAUUUGAAUUUGAAAAUUACACUCAAAGUUUAUGUAAUUUAAUGUUUAAAAGCUUAAAAUUGAUUACAAAUAAUUUCAUACCAUGAAUAUUGCAGAUAAUUUUUGUUGCACCAAAGUGCAAAUCAUCAUUUGCACAAAAGUACCUCAAAAUCAGAAUUGAGUUUUUCCUUUCCUAUAAGGAACCAUUUAUAAAAGAAAAUGAUUUUUAAUUACCGGGUAAUAAAGUUUUGAUUAAGGAUGAACCAAAAACCAAAGAAUCUUAUUUGCUGUAGAUUGUUAGUGCUUCUGAAUGUUGUUUUGAUUUAAGACUUUAAAAUGUGAUGUUAUAAAAGUGAAAACGAUUUUUUGUUUUACUCAAGAAAUGAACUUUAAAUUUAUGCCUGUAUUUUUUAGUUAUCGUUUAAAGCAAUUAUUAUUACAACACUAUCAUUCUUCAAGUUCAUUUAAGAAUUGUACCAUUAUAUGUUAAAGGUCUAUUUGCAGAAUGUUCACCUUUUAAAGUAUAGAUUUACUUAUAAGAAAUUUUUCUUUGUUGUGUCUCUAGUUUUCUUGAUUUUUUUCUUGAUCUAUGAAUUUUUUAAUUUAUACAAAUUUUAAUAAUUAAAGAAAUGAAUGGAAUAUGAGAUCAAGUCAUGCAUAAACCUUUUUAAAUCAUAUUAUAUAGGAAACUUCAUUUGAAAAUUUUGUUUGUAAAUUUAAGAGUCAUAUACAUGUUUGUCUUUCAUUCUUUUUGAUUCAUUGUUCAGGCACGUAACAAGUUUGAAAGCUGAGAGGGGACAGGCUCAUCGGUAAUCUUGAACCCAAGAAACUAAUUUGCUGCCAAUCAUCAAAUUGAGGGUAGCAGUGUUUUCAUUAUCUUUCCAAAAAAGUUAUUUACUCUCAAAAAAGGGGAAGAACAUCUCAAAAUUUAGUUUUCCUAUAAAUAAAUAUAAGAAAAGUGAUUGCUGUUAAAAGGUGAGGGGGCCCUUCCUCCCCCCACCCCCCGAUGCUACGUGCCUGUUGUAGGGUUUUUUGUUUUCAAAGUUAUAAUAUUGUAUUUCAUUAUGCAUUUACUUGGUUUGAAGAAAAGAAAAAAGAAGAAUCAGGUUUAUCAAGAAAAAAUAAAUUAUUGUUCUAAUGAUAUCUUUUAAUUUCACGUAUUACUCAAAGAAUCACUUUUUUCACAAAAUAAUACAAUUAAGGUACAUUGUGUUCUUUGUAAUUGGGAUUCUUUGGACUAAUUGCAAUAUAGAGAAUAAUGCAUACCCUUUUCUAUAUCACAGCCAGUGUUAGCCCCAGACUCCUUCGGCCCUCGGGUUGAUAUUGGUCAAGGGCUGAUACAGGCUGUGAUAUGGAAAAAGGGUAUCUGUUAAUAUGUUUAUUACAUACUUAGUAAUAAAAUUUUGAAGAAAAAAACAUCAACUUAAACAAAUGUGAUUUUAAAUAUCAUUUGAAAGUAGUCUGUGCAUGUAUAAAAUAAAUUUUACAAAUGUCGACUGUAACCAGAUCGAGACAUUAAUAAUAUUAUUUAUGUCUCUGCUGUAACAAAUGUUUGUUUUAUUUUUCGUUUGUAUACAUGCACAAAUGCCGGAGCGAAAGAAGACAGAGGAAUUCCGCAAGGGGUGUGAUACGGAUCUGUAUCGGCUGAUAACCUGUAUCAGCCCCGGGGGCUGAUACGAGUUUUGUAAUGUCAUCUGUAUCACAAAUGCAAAAAACCUGUAUUUAUUACUAAGUAUGUAAUAAAUUGUAACAAUAUUUACA